CGCUCCUUGUCUAUAAAUUAACACUUCCACCCCUUCAUUCUCCAUUCAUUCAUUCCUUCUCCUCCAUCACCCUUUCAUUUUUUGCGUUUAUUCUGUUUCUAUAGUUGAAAGUUCCUCCUCUGAAGCAAUGGCUAAUGUGCAUCAUCUGACCCACUCUUCCUCUUUCCGGGAGAGGCUUGAUGAGACUCUCAGUGGUCAAAGGAAUGAAAUUGUGGCCCUUCUCUCAAGGAUUGAAGCCAAGGGCAAGGGAAUCCUGCAACACCACCAGGUUAUUGCAGAGUUUGAGGAAAUCCCUGAGGAGAAAAGGAAAAAACUACUUGAUGGGGCCUUUGGAGAAGUUUUGAGAUCUACACAGGAAGCCAUAGUGUUGCCACCAUAUGUUGCUCUGGCUGUUCGUCCAAGGCCUGGUGUCUGGGAGUAUCUGCGAGUGAAUGUGCACAUGCUUGUUGUUGAUGAGUUGCGUCCAGCUGAGUAUCUGCGUUUCAAGGAGGAACUUGUUGAGGGAAGUGCUAAUGGCAACUUUGUGCUUGAGUUGGACUUUGAACCAUUUAAUGCAUCCUUUCCCCGUCCAACUUUGAACAAGUCAAUUGGGAAUGGUGUCGAGUUUCUCAAUCGCCAUCUUUCUGCUAAGCUCUUCCAUGACAAGGAGAGCAUGCAGCCACUGCUUGAAUUCCUCAGGCUUCACAGCUACAAGGGAAAGACUAUGAUGUUGAAUGACAGGAUUCAAAAUCUUAACUCUCUCCAACAUGUUUUGAGAAAGGCAGAAGACUAUCUGAGCACAAUUGCUCCUGCAACGCCCUACUCAGAAUUUGAACAAAAAUUCCGUGAGAUUGGUUUGGAGAGAGGCUGGGGUGACACCGCUGAGCGUGUCCUUGAGAUGAUUCAGCUUCUGUUGGAUCUUCUUGAGGCACCUGACCCUUGCACCCUCGAGACAUUCCUUGGAAGAAUCCCAAUGGUCUUUAAUGUUGUUAUCCUUUCUCCACAUGGUUACUUUGCCCAAGACAAUGUCUUGGGGUACCCUGACACUGGUGGACAGGUUGUUUACAUCUUGGAUCAAGUUCGUGCCUUGGAGAAUGAGAUGCUCAACCGCAUCAAGAAACAAGGCUUGGAUAUCACCCCUCGUAUUCUCAUUAUUACCCGUCUUCUCCCUGAUGCAGUAGGAACUACUUGUGGCCAACGCCUCGAGAAGGUGUACGAUACCGAAUAUUGCCACAUUCUUCGAGUUCCAUUUAGAACAGAGAAGGGAAUUGUUCGCAAGUGGAUCUCAAGAUUUGAAGUCUGGCCCUACCUAGAGACUUACACUGAGGAUGUUGCCCAUGAACUUGCCAAAGAGUUGGAAGGCAAGCCUGAUCUGAUCGUUGGAAACUACAGUGAUGGAAACAUUGUUGCCUCUUUGUUAGCACACAAAUUGGGCGUAACUCAGUGUACCAUUGCUCAUGCACUUGAGAAGACCAAAUACCCCGAGUCUGACAUUUACUGGAAAAAAUUUGAAGACAAAUAUCACUUUUCAUGCCAAUUUACUGCUGAUCUUUUUGCAAUGAACCACACAGACUUCAUCAUCACUAGCACAUUCCAAGAGAUUGCUGGGAGCAAGGAUACCGUUGGACAGUAUGAGAGUCACACCGCCUUCACCCUUCCAGGACUUUACCGUGUUGUUCAUGGUAUUGAUGUCUUUGAUCCAAAGUUCAACAUUGUCUCACCUGGAGCUGACAUGAACAUAUACUUCCCAUACACUGAAACUAAGCGUAGAUUGACAUCCUUCCACCCUGAGAUUGAAGAGCUUCUUUACAGCUCUGUGGAGAAUGAGGAGCACAUAUGUGUAUUGAAGGACCGCAACAAGCCAAUCAUCUUUACCAUGGCAAGGCUGGACCGUGUGAAGAACAUCACAGGGCUUGUUGAGUGGUACGGCAAGAACGAGCGGCUCCGUGAGUUGGUAAACCUGGUGGUUGUGGCAGGAGACAGGAGGAAGGAGUCAAAGGACUUGGAAGAGAAAGCUGAGAUGAAGAAAAUGUAUGGCCUCAUUGAGACCUACAAGUUGAAUGGACAAUUCAGAUGGAUAUCCUCUCAGAUGAACAGAGUGAGGAAUGGAGAGCUGUACCGUGUGAUUUGUGACACAAAGGGUGCUUUUGUCCAGCCUGCAAUUUAUGAAGCUUUUGGUUUGACUGUUGUUGAGGCCAUGACUUGUGGGUUGCCAACAUUUGCCACUUGCAAUGGUGGUCCUGCUGAGAUCAUUGUGCAUGGAAAAUCUGGCUACCACAUUGACCCUUACCAUGGUGAUCAAGCUGCUGAGAUCCUUGUUGACUUCUUUGAGAAGAGCAAGGCUGACCCAUCUCAUUGGGACAAAAUCUCCCAGGGUGGCCUCAAGCGUAUUCAUGAGAAGUACACAUGGCAAAUUUACUCUGAUAGGCUUCUGACUCUCACUGGUGUCUAUGGCUUCUGGAAGCAUGUCACCAACCUUGAUCGCCGUGAGAGCAAACGCUACCUCGAGAUGUUCUACGCCCUAAAGUACCGCAAAUUGGUAUAUAUGCAUUCUACUCAUUACAUUAUUCAAUUGUUUCAUUAAUGAAUUAAAUUUGAUAUUUGGAGUUACUGAAAUAGGUCAGGGUACUAUUUUUCCUCAAAGCAAUGCGUAGUCUGUUAUCAAUUUAUUUAUUUUUACAAAUAAAAUUCAGCAUAGCUAAAAGUGCUAUUGAACAAAAGGGAUAGUUUUUGAACAAAACACUAUAUUAAGCAAUUUUGGGGUUAUCAUUUAAUUAAAAUUGAAGUUUUUCUUCCAUAUUUUGUACAAUAAUAAUUAAAAUAAUGGUUUGCACUAAUUUUAAAAUGAAAGUUCAGAUUUAAUUGAGGUGGGUUUAAUUCUAAAUGCACAACAUUUACAACACCUAUGUCUUGACCUUUUUUAUUUUCCUUUUCUUUCUUUGAAAUGUGAACUUACUGAUAUAUUAUGUCAUUCUCGUGACCUCAGGCUGAGUCUGUGCCCCUUGCUGUUGAAGAGUAAAAAUCAAGGCUGAAGAGAAGAGUGUUGGAGAAACCGGCUUUUGGUUAUUUGGAGUCUUAUGGAGAAUUUACAAAUAACGCCAUUGAUUUUGAUUGUGAUUAGGUUUCCGAUUUAAAAAAGUCUAAAAAAUUGUCUUUGAGAUUUUGGGUUAAAAAAGUGAAAAAACAUAAAAAAAAAGGUCCUUGUCUUUCUGUUAUUGCAAUAUUGAAUAUGAUUGGAAAUCUUUAGAUUUGGGUGUUCAACCCCAUCAAUUCAAUUUAAAGAUGUGCCUUCAAUU